AUGAGAAUCGCAGCGCUUUUUGCGCUGUUCGCGAUCGGUUUAGCAACCGAGCUUACGCCGACGGAUUUAGUUCGACAGAAAUUUUACGAUCUAGAAGAGGAGCUAUGGAGGAAUGUAACGGACCCUUUGUGGAGGGACUCCGGCCUUGGCGGGGACGUCGAACUAACAAAGGCGUUCUUCGCUUUGAACGAGCAAAUCGAGUUAAUACCAAGGCCUAAAAGGCUCACAUUAAGAUCGUGGCUAUGGAAUAAAGUGUCAGAAAAGCUGCAGGUCGUUGACGGAUUCUAUAAGAACUUUAUGGAGUUCGUGAGGCACCAGGCGACCCCUGGCGCAGUGCCGGCACCAGUUAAAGAAUGGCUAGAUAUGGCAGAAUCCAUCUUGAUGGAUCCGAAGACUUCGGUAGCUCAAGCAGUAAGGAAGAUUCAUGGAUUCUUGGAGCACGGGGAUAUAUUCCGAUCAGUAGUUCAGGAAGAGGAUUCAGACGUGUGUGACCUGCAGAUGUCUCCGCAUCAGCUUAUAUACGACAUGUAUAAUACCAUAGCACUGACUGAGAUCAAGGGUUACGCCAUGAUGCAGUUCUCCUGGAUGCUGCUGAGGAUAUAUGGAAGAGGCAACUUCACACAGGAAGCAAGUUUGACGAGACAGAGGUAUUCUGAAAGGACAGGGCAGACUGCGACGGCGGCGCGGGCAGCGCUGGCCAUGUCUAAACGAGACCUGUACAGGUGUGACCCAGCAGUCCACACUAGCGCGACAUACGCCGAAGUCACACGGCUGCUGCAAGGCUAUGUGGAGAACGAGGUGGACAUGAACAGCGACGGCACAUGCAAGGAGAACUGCGCCUUCUAUACCCUCACCGAGAACCACGGCUGCUACAAGGAACAGUUCUGCGACAAGCAGGACAAAUGCAGGGGCAGGAUCAUCGACUGUCAGUACCUAGACUCCGACAUGUGGGUCUGCCCUGCGAGUCGGCACAGCCAGAGGCGGUAUGAAUGGAUCGAGUAUGAGAACGGACGCACAUUGGGCAGGGUCGGCAGCUGCAAGCUCGGGACAACCAAAGUCGACUCCUGGUGGAGAUGGACACUUACACACUGCUCGUAUUGCUUAUGUCUAUGCGAGGACGAAGCCAGCGUGGCUGAACGUUUCUUCAGUUUACGAGAAGUGAUGGCCGAUAUUAAUGAAAACAAGGUAGUAACAGGAAUGCGACUGGUGAAACUCGGAAAAGUGUUCCACAUCCAGAUCUAUCAAGGCAAACUGGUUGAACGAGGGUUUGUGGAAUCCUCGGACGAGGUGCUGGCCCAAGCGUUCGACCCCGAGCAGGCUGGAGUGCUGGAGGGCGUGGACUACCACACGCUGACAUACGAGAGGAGAGCUAUUGACUUGGAUGAGUUGGAUUCACCUUCUGGCCACGUUUUAACUGGAGCCAGAUUCCGAAUGAUCGGAGCCCAUCUACACUUUGAGAUUCGAGCUACUCCAUUCAACUACACGACAGGAAAACUUCACCCAGAGAAGAGUCAAUGGAUUAGUAACGACAACACUGAAGGAUCACACACACCGAGGACACGUCUAGAGCUGUACAAGCCGGACCUCCCGACACGCUCCCAUACAGCGCUGCGCAUAGACUCGCAGCACGACCAGUACAUUGAGUUCACGCACUCAGACUUCGACGCAGACGCGGCACAGAGCACCGUGCCCUUCAUUGACGUGCAGCCUGUGGUACCUUCGAAAGCCCUCAAUACCAAAGGCGCUACUUUACUCAGCGGCGCUGGGCUAUACCACAGAGGAGCUCGCGGCUCUGGCGGCUUCAUCGGUGUGAAAGUGAUCACCUACGACUACUCCAAACACGUGAAAGCAGAACCACCACCGUCAGAGUUUGUUGAUGAAUCGGAGACAACUGAAUUUGUGCCUAUCGUCAACUAG